GCGCAGCGGAGCCAAUCCAACGACACUCCCGUCACCGCCGACAGCGGCAUGGCGGAGCUACGGCACGCCACGGCGGCGGCGGCGGCGACGCGCGCGUCGAGCUCGCCGGCCAAGCGCGACGCGGAGUCCUCCGCCUCGUCCUCCCCCUUCGUGGCCUCCUCCUCCUCCCCGCGCGGCGGCGGAGGCGGGGACGGCAAGGACGGGGCGCCCCGCUCGUCCGCUCCACUCCACCACCAGAAGUACCACCUCCCCUCCCCGCUCCGGUCACUCCUCGCGCUCGAGGAUCCCAGGUCGCCGACCGCCUCGGCGUCCUACCGGAUCCUGGUCGCCGUCGUCGCCUGCCUCUUCGUCGCCGCUCUCGUCUCCGCUCCUUCCGUCUGGUCACGCAUCAACGCGCCCUAUCUGUGCCGCAAGGACGGGAUUCGGCUCCACUGCCCCAGGGUGAACGAGCGGGAAUCUCUCUGGGAGAAUCCGCAUGCUGCAGCGGCAUCUUGGAAGCCCUGCGCCGAGCGCCGUAGUGAUGAGAUCUCAGAUCUUGUACCAGAGAAUGAAACCUCUGGGUAUAUUUUUAUUCAUGCCGAGGGUGGAUUAAACCAGCAGCGAAUAGCCAUAUGUAAUGCUGUUGCAAUUGCUAAGAUAAUGAAUGCCACACUUAUUUUACCUGUGCUGAAGCAGGAUCAAAUCUGGAAAGAUCAAACGAAAUUUGAAGAUAUCUUUGAUGUAGAUUAUUUCAUAAAUUACUUGAAGGAUGAUGUACGCAUUGUUCGAGAUAUUCCUGAAUGGUUCACAGAAAAAGAUGAACUUUUCACCAGUAUAAAGCGAACUGUGAAAAAUAUUCCAAAGUAUGCAUCGGCGCAGUUCUACAUUGACAAUGUACUUCCGAGGAUCAAAGAUAAAAAGAUAAUGUCUAUCAAGCCAUUUGUUGAUAGGCUGGGGUAUGAUAAUGUUCCAAUGGAGAUUAACCGGCUCAGAUGCAGAGUUAAUUACCAUGCCUUGAAGUUUUUACCUGAAAUCGAAGAAAUGGCUGAGAAGCUAGCAACAAGGAUGAGGAACCGAACGGGCAAUGUAAAUCCAUACAUGGCUCUUCAUCUUAGGUUUGAGAAAGGAAUGGUGGGUCUUUCAUUUUGCGAUUUUGCGGGAACUAGAGAGGAGAAAGCAAUGAUGGCUGAUUAUAGACAGAAACAAUGGCCAAGACGCUUCAAGAAUGGAUCUCACCUUUGGUCAUUAGCACUGGAGAAAAGAAAAGAAGGUCGCUGCCCUCUUGAGCCUGGGGAAAUAGGUAUUAUUUUACGUGCAAUGGGAUAUACAAAGGAAACUCAGAUAUAUGUUGCAUCCGGUCAAGUUUAUGGUGGAAGCAAUAGAAUGGCUCCGCUAAGGAAUAUGUUCCCCAAUUUGGUUACAAAAGAAGAUCUUGCAAGCAAAGAGGAGAUAGAACACUUCAAGAAGCAUGUGACCAGCCUUGCUGCAUUGGACUUCCUGGUUUGCCUGAAAUCGGACGUGUUCGUCAUGACCCACGGUGGCAAUUUCGCCAAGCUGAUCAUCGGUUUCCGCCGCUACAUGGGUCGGCAUCGGCUCAAGUCUAUCAAGCCAGACAAGGGCCUCAUGUCCAAGUUCUUCGGCGAUCCCUACAUGCCAUGGGCAACUUUCGUGGAGGAUGUGAUGAUCACUCACCAGACACGAACUGGCCUCCCUGAGUCCACAUUCCCACACUACGACCUCUGGGAAAACCCCCUUACGCCUUGCAUGUGUAGAGCUUAAACUAUAGACAGAUAUUGAUUGUGCGUAGAUAUUCUUUGUUCAUAUACUGAUUGUAAGUUUAUAUAGUUCUUUGUAUCACAUCCAUUUUUCAUUUUACCUGUUUUCUUAAUUGUAUCUUCUACCCUACAAUGCACCAACUGUUUUUACUCAUUUUUCAUUCUUAAAAUCCAACGACACAUAUUUGUCUGCAUUAGAUCGAA